AUGUCGUCGGACGAGGAGGAAUGGGUGCCCUUCAGCCGGCGGCCCGGGUGGCGGGACGUGACGCCGGUUCCCCAGGACGACGGGCCAAACCCAGUGGUUCCCAUAGCCUACGGGGAGGAGUUCCGGGAGAUCAUGGACUAUUUCCGCGCACUGUACUUCGCCGACGAGAGAAGCCGCCGAUCGCUCGAGCUCACCGCUGAAGCCAUUGAUAAAAACCCGGGCAACUACACUGUGAGUCCUCCUCUUUUCUGUGUCUGGCUACUGCGGCUAUAGUUAUUGCUACACUGAAGUUUUGAUCAUUUAUUUUCUUUUAUUUUUCUUGUGUCCUCUGCCGCACUCCCUUCUCGCCCCUCAAAAGAUUUUCAAUCUGCCAUGAUCUACUGGCCCUGUUCUUGCACUGAUGCUGCGAGAAUUGGUUCAAGAGCUAUAGUCUGUUCCCAAUUAAGAAAAGAUAUUGCCCGAUUUUUCAUGCCCAUGUCGUCAUUAGGAUUUUCUUCAUUCUUUUCUGAAACGUUCGAUCCAUUCCCCUAAUUCAACCAUUAUAAGGGGACAAGAAGUCAUGAAUACGGAUACCCGUGUAAGAAGUCACCGUCUCAGUAACCUUGAACUAUAGUUUUGGAAACAAACAUGCAACACAAUUCAAAUUUCUUGAGAACUGGAUCUCUCUUUGUUGCUGGGAUUUUAGGCUUCCAUGCCAAGAGUAAUCUUCUUGCAAAUUUUCUCUUGUGAGAUAUCUCAGCUGUGGACGGAUUUGGCUUGAUCCGAUGAAGGGCUCAAUGGUGUGACAGGUGCUUUCUGUUGUUUCUCUUGGUCAAGUUUCUGUAAAGAGCGACCGAGAACCCCUACCUAAUGAGGAACAAAAAGUGUAUAGGGAUUGUUAUUUUCCGUUAUGGUUGUUCCAACCUGUAGGAGGUAGAUGCUUUCUUUACGAGGUGAUUCAGCUUACCCUUUGACCUGAUCGUUGUACAUUCUUUGUGCUUCAUCCAGCCAGAUAUUAAUUAUUUAUGUUGGUUCUAGAGUCAAUACCUUUCCUUGUGUACUUUUUACACCAACCUCCUGAUUUGUCACGUAUAAUAGUGUCAUAAAUACGAAAGAGAUGCAUCAAUUGCGACACUUCAUGUAGAGGCUUAUCCUAUUGAUAUUGAUCAUCCUAACUGGGUAAAUCAAUGAUGGACUCCGGUAAGUUAAAUGCAACCCCUUUUCAAUGAUGGAUUACCCUGAUUGAGGGUUCUUAGUUCUUGAUGAUCGAAAUGGUGUCCGUAUGCUACUGGUCGAAAGUUCGUCAUUCACAAUUUAGAGAGCCUGAGAAUCGAAAAAUUAUCUAGAUACCAAGCUGUUUAUUGUUAUUUCAACACUUUGUUUGUUCUUCUUGUAGGUGUGGCAUUUCAGACGCCGUGUUAUUGAUGCACUAAAUGCUGAUUUAUGCAGCGAGCUUGAUUUUGUCAGCCUGAUUUCUCUUAAAAAUUCUAAGAACUACCAGUUAUGGUGAGAAUUUCUUUUUAUUACUUGAGUGGCAAGACAGUACAUGCAAUAUUAAUGGUUUCUGCCACAUAUAUGUUCAGUGCGUCAAAUAUACAGAGAUACAUCUAUGUUUACCAUUUGAUAUGGUUUAUGAAGCUACUAAUUUGCAAACCAACUGCUUGCCACGUAAUUUUUUCAGCGUUUGGCACCUUUUCACCGAGGAACUUAACAGAAAUCGAUAGAUAAUUUGCAGGCACCAUAGACGAUGGGUUGCAGAAAAGUUAGGACCUGAUUCUACAAACAAAGAACUCGAGUUCACUAAGAUGAUACUUGCCCGUGAUGCUAAGCAUUAUCAUGCUUGGUCCCACCGACAGGUAAAUUGAUGCAUUUGCGCUCGUAGUGCUCUUUGUUGAAUUCUUCAACUCCACCAGACUUUUUCCUUUGGAAUAAGCCAUUUAUUUCUUUAACACCCAUGUGAUCGCUCACGUAAGAUUUCUGAUUUUUUUCCAUGCAGUGGGUUCUUCAGUCACUCGGCGGCUGGGAAGAUGAGCUUGAUUACUGUGCCCAGCUACUGGAUGAUGAUAUCUUUAACAAUUCUGCAUGGAAUCAGGUGAAUACCCAAUGAAUAUGCAGAGCUAGUUAGAUGCAUAAACAUGCAGUCCGAUAUGGAAGCUAAGAGAACAUUCAGUUUCUAGGAAAUCUUUUGCAGAGCUAGUUAGAUGGCUCAGGUACAUGAGAUAGUCUAGGAUGAGAAGGGUUUCAUUGUUUUUUCAGGUUCUCACCCACAGAGGGCUUUAAUUCUAUUUUUUUUCCACUAUAUGAUUUAGGGGAUGUGUAUACUGGUAGGAUGGGAGGUGGGCAUUGUCACAAAUUUGUGGGAAUUAGGUUGAUGUUCACAUCCUUUCUUAAAAAAAAUACUUUUUGCCCACUAUAAACUCAUACCUUAUGUAUUAAUUGACGCAUAAUCUCACUACUAUUAGUGAAAGGCCGAAAUUGUGUUCUUCAGUCACAUUAGCCUAUGUUUUUACCCGCCGGGCUCUUCUCUGAUGAUUAUUUGCUGGGCUCGUUGCAGAGGUAUUUCGUGAUAAGCAAGUCCCCCCUUCUUGGCGGCGUUCAGGCCAUGAGAGACUCUGAAGUAGGCUAUGCCAUUGAGGCCAUUGCUGCAAACCCAGAGAACGAGAGCCCUUGGAGGUACCUCAGAGGCCUAUUCAAAGGCCACGCCGACCUGCUGAUUGAGGACGGCCGCGUCUCCGAAGCAUGCCUCAAGGUCCUGAAGACCAGUAACCAGCGCGUUUUCGCCUUGAGCUUGCUCCUUGACCUUCUUUGCCAUGGUCUCCAACCCCGUGAAGAACUCAGGGAGGUGGUGCAGCGUUUAAGCUCUGAGAUGGAGCUGCCAGUGGGUGGCGGGCUUCCGACUGCAGUGUGCUCCAUCUUAGAAACCAUGGAUCCAAUGCGGUCUAGUUACUGGGCAUGGCGGAAGAGCAAUCUCCUCCCUGAAGCUAGCUAG